AUGAGGAGUCUCACUACAGAAGACAAGGCGUUAUCUCCUCCGCGCGAGCCGCGGUCCCCAACGCGCGGCACUCUCUCACCGAAGCGCGCUGCCAGCGGCGCCAUCGGUCGCUCCAAGACUGAGAGCGCGCCCUCGUCAAAGACUCCGGCGAAGGGGGCUUUGUCACCACCACCAAAGGAGAUGGCAAGCCGCGGCCAUAGAGAGCUGACGUCUCCUCCAAAGGUGGCUCUCUCAUCUCAGGCGGACACCAAGGAGGCAGAAGAAACGGAGGUGCUAACCCUCCAAUCUCAGGUCGACGCCUCCCGAAUCCGGAAGACGGCGGAGAAAGGUGGACUGAAGGACCCUUCGAAAAGGCUGCACGUGGCGCCCCCCAUCUCUGUGGGCACAUACGUCGGCCAGAACAAGGCAGAGGCCAAGACGCCCGAGCACCCAAGGAGGAACAGUCUGGACCCUGACAUGCGCCCCCCUCUGUCCGAGUCGCCGGACUUCCAGGCAAGCAAAAGAGUUGGGACAAAACCAAGUGGCCCUGAAAUGGAUGUUCCUUUCCCUUCUGACUCGGAGCGUCUCCUACAGAAGUCAGCUCUCAUCGAUUCGCUCCAGGAGUUGGAGUGGGUCACGGAGGAGGCCAGAGAGCAGGCGUUCGCCGCGUUUCGCCUCGCCGCGGAGUGGAACGCGGAAAUCUGCCAGCGGAAGGAGGAGCUGCGCGAGCUGGAGCUGCAAGUGGCGCAGGCAAAGCAGCGCGUCGCGGCGACCACUCCGAUCCAAGAUGAGAGCCUUCCGGUCGCCAAGAUGGGCACGGGGACUGGGGAGAAGGGUGGGGACAUUGAGGGCAAGGGGGCAGAGACUGGCCGGGGAGUGAACGAGCGCGAGAAGAUCGGGCGGGCAACCGGGGGAAAAGAAGACAAGGCCGGGCGAAAGGACGGGAUAGCCCGAGACGAGAGCGAAGUGACCGGGGAAAAGGAGGACGAUAUACGCGAUACCAAAGAAGACGGAUCGGAAAGCGGAAACGAGACAGUCAAAACAGGAAUUCAGGUGGCCGAAAAGGCGUUCUCAAAGGGAAGCGAAGGAAAGGUCACCCGGGAGAUGGGAACGGACGCUCCGACGCCGUUCGAGGUGCAAGAGCUGGAGAUUGCGGCGCUGCAGCUGCAAGUAUUAGCCAACCGGGGGGAUCUCCUCGUAGCAAAGCAGAAGAUACCGGGCGAGAUGGCUGGUGCAAGCGGACUAGAGGAUACAGAGGCAGCUCUUUUGGAGACGCUGGACGAGAUCAAGGCGGCACAGAGCAGAAUGCCGGCAGACGUGACACGGACGAGCGGGCGCUUCGAGGCGGGGAGGCAGCUUGGCGGUGAAGACGCGGAAGUCGCAGCGGUGGCAAAGGUGGAUCCGGCAGUGGCUGCGAUGGGUACCGCAACGGACACACGCGUCGCGGAUUUGGAGUCGGAGGUCGCACGAAUGAAGGUGGCGUCGGAAGCAGACGCGAAGGAGGCCGCUAAACAGGGCCAGAUUAUCGGGGACCUUAAGAAGAAGGUGCAGACGCUGAUGGUUGAGAAGCUGGCCCUUUCCACGGAGCUCGACGGGACGAUCCAGGUGUACGAGGAAACUUUGGCGCGGAGGAACGAGGCGGAAGAAUCGCGUGUCGCGCACGUGAUUGAGCUUAUGAACGAGCAGGUUGAGUUCCACCGGAGCGAACUAGAGCAGGUGCACAACCGGCUGGUGACGGCACUGGACGAGAACGCGAAGCUCGAGCGCGAGCUGCGGGAGGCCCAACUGAAGCAAGAUAAGAAGAUGUCCAAGUUCUGGAGGGGUCCGGCAUGGGAAGAGGGCAGUGGGUCGGCACAGUAG